UUCUUGGUUGUUGGGUGCUUGAAUAAGUUUCCGUCGUUUUUUUGUGAAAUAAAAAAGCUGUAUUUCAUGAGAAGCAGAAAGAAUAAUUUAAGAAAGAAUAAUCAAAGUAGUGCUCAUCUAGUUAUCUACAUCUAGUUAUCUCAUCUGUUAGCUAUAACUUUUUCCCACUUUUUACGUAAUAAGUGGAUUCCGCGAUAGAACUCCAGUUUUGUUUCUAAGCGAGACAGCUUUAGGGUGCGGUCCAUCAAUCACCAUCCGGUCCAUCCAUCCUACAAAUGCUUCGAAGCGUUUUUACUUCUCUCUCUUUCUUCGUUUGCAUCCGAGAAAUAGAACGAGAAAGAGAAAUGCUUCAAAGCAUUUGUAGCGGUUCCCGGACUGCACUCCGAGUCGCAAGUCAAAUGGUUGCAAGCAAAUUGACCAAUCACGUUCGAGUGUUCUUGUGAUCGAAUAAUCGACUGUGAUUGGUCAAUUUGUUUGUGACUAAUGCAACAGUCCAUUUUCAUAGGUUGCAAUACGCAAAAUGCAGUCACAGGAUAAUCGAUCAUUUUCUCUACAUUAAACUAUCAAUUGACAAUCGGUCAAUUUCUGCGUCCGAUCUGUUUUGCGUGUUGUGACGUGUGUAGACGGGACGUAAUUGAAUAUUAUGAAUCACGCGUUUGUUAAAAUAUCUUUACUGAUAUUGACAUCAGUGUGGAAAUAUGUAAUUUAUCUACUUAUGAGUAUUGGCAAUAUAUUUUAAAAGGGAAAAAUGGCAUACUUUAUGGACAAAGUAACAAGUACACUUACAGAGUUAGGAAAAAACUUUGAUAUUGUGAAUAACUUUCAGAAACUUAAAACUGAUCAAGACCGUAUAAUAUUUGCUCUUAACAUAUUAUGGGAACAUAAUUUGAUUCUUAAUCAAACUAAUAAUCUAAAAAAUGCAAAAAAAUCUGAAGAACUGCGAGAACAAGGAAAUGCUAUUUUUGUUACUUGUGGUUCUAAAAUCUCAUUGUAUUAUAAAGCACGAAAGUUAUAUACAGAAAGUAUAUCUUUAGCACCUUAUCCCUCCAAGCAGCUUGCUCUUGCUUAUGCCAAUAGAUCGGCUGUUUUACUUAAUUUAGAUUACCAUUCUGAAUGUGUUGAGGAUAUUGAUAGAGCAUUGGCCUUAAAUUAUCCUGAUGAUCAGAAGGCAAAACUGUAUAUACGUAAAAUGCAAUGUUCAAUUGUGCUGGGAAAUUCGAUUGCGAAAAAUAUGAUCAAAGAAACAGAGUAUUGGAUAAGUAAAAUGACAUCAAGUGUCAACAAGUUAAAAUUACAAACUAAGCUAGAUGAAUUACGCCAGAAGGUUGAGCAGAAAAAUGAUCAGUAUAAUCCUAUAAAACCAAACGAAGUAGGAAAUGAACCUCUUCCUGUUAUCAAGUCCUAUAGUAACGAAAUUCCUUGUGCAUCCGAUGCUAUAUCUUUAAAAUAUGAUGAACACAAUGGCAGACAUAUUGUUGCCACUCGUAAUAUUGACGCAGGUGAAAUAAUUGUCACAGAAAAAUGUUACUCGUCGAUGUUGUUACAGAGUAACCUAAUGUCACACUGUUCAAAUUGCUUAAAAGUAUAUUUGGCUACUAUACCUUGCAAAUAUUGCACUUAUGCCAUGUAUUGUUCAGAACAGUGCAGGGAUAUCGAAUGGAAGAAAUGUCAUGAUGUGGAAUGUGCUAUUUUUUCUAUUAUGGUUACUGAACAAUUUUUCCCUAAUGAUUUUCUUAGCUUGAGGAUUCUUGUGUGUGCUAUAAAAGAAGCUGGUAAUAUACAAGAAUUGAGGACCAUGUUGGAGGAAGCUAAUAAAUCUAAUGUUCCAAGAACUAUGGGUUUUUCACCGGAUGGGAAAUUUCACAGUGGAAAAUAUAUCAGUCUGUACAGUUUGAUGAGGAAUACUAAGAAAAGAUCAUUUGCUGAUCUUUUUACAGCAUCUGUACAUGUUUGUUUUACUUUAUAUCUUUUAGCACAGCAUACUAAAAUUUUUGGUAGUAAAUUACUAGGCAAUUUCAAAGUUUUGGCAGAAAAUGACAAUGUUACCUUCCUAGGUAGUCUCAUUCUGAGACAUCAACAAAUAAUCUCGACUAAUGCUCAUACGUUCUAUGAAGAGCGAAACUCAUCUUCCGAAGAACUUGGUAAUGCUAUUUUGUCUUUUUGUAGUCUAUUUAAUCACAGUUGCAGUCCAAAUAUCAUCAGGGUUUCAAAAUCUCACGAUAUUGUUUUGUAUACUUUGUAUCCCAUUCAAAAGGGCAAACAGAUUCUAGAUAAUUAUGGAUCUUACUUUGCUAUGGAACCGAAAAUUGUAAGGCAAGAUAUGCUACUAAAGGGUUACCACUUUAUCUGCAAAUGCAUACCUUGCCAAGAGGAUUGGCCCAUAUAUUCUAAUUUAAAAUCGUUCGAAACUCUGGCCAUACCAAUGAAUGACAAAAAUAUGAUACGAAGCGUAUUAAUGAAAGUUAACAUGUACCGUGCUAUGAUAAAGAAAGGUGAUGUCCUGAAUAACCCUUAUAUCAUUAAAGAUCUGAUAACAAUGAUACGGAUAAUGUAUGACCGUAUGCCGAUUGCUUGUUACGAGAUGAUUAAUGUAGUGGAAAUUUUGAAACAAGUGUACGCCUUACAUGGCAAUACAUUCAUCUUGCCAACACAGAGUCAAGACAAGUAAACGCAUAUUCUUUUACAGUGAUAUUCUUUGAUUGUAAAAUUUUUUAUUUUAUCUUUUUUAAUGAUAAGCUUGUUAAUUGAUAUUUGUAAAGAAUUUCGGUUAAUCAGCAAAUCGAUGUGUAAAGAGUUUGAGUUUAUUAACGCAUGUUUAAAAACUUUUAAUUAAUUCGGAAGAAGCUCCAAAGUCCUGGUUCUUUAUUCUGCGGUAUAACAGAUUAAUUGCUUAGCCUUUGUGGCUUUUGAUGGAAGAAGUUUCAGUAUCUGUAUUCGACUGUAAUAUAUCUAUGUACUAAACUUUGUUCACUUUUCUCCUGCAAACACUCAACAAUCUAUCAUAUAAUUUUGCAUGCUCGUAAAAAUCUCAUAUAAAGAUCAUCUGUGUUUUCUAAUCUUGGUUAUUGGGUGCUUGAAUAAGUUUUUGUCAUUGUUUUGUGAAAUAAAAGCCCUGUGUUUCAUGAGAAA